AUGAAACUCUCUCGCUCUGCUCUCGCCUCAGUUGCUCUCGCCACUGUGACCCAAGGUUUGGUGAUUCCAUCUAUUGACAUUGAUUCCUUUCUUCAAGUCUCGAAUGAACCGGAAAACUCGCACAACGUUGUGAUUCUUUCUCCUAAGAAAGCGUUCACUGAAGGUAUUGCUAAAAUCAAAGAGAAGGUUUCGGUUUCAUUGGAAGAUGUUAUCAGCGAAGAGGUGCAAGUUUUGUCUUCUAAAACCCACGAAGUCAUUCCAAAUCGUUACAUGAUUGUUUUUAAGCAAGGUAUCACUCCAGACCAAGUCCAAUUCCACCAAGAAUGGAUCCAAGCUGAACAAGUUACCGCUGCUGGGAAAUUGUUCACCGAAAACCCACACAAUGAGUUCUUUGCUAAUGCCGUCAACUCCAAGUUGAAGUCUGCUGUCGGUGGUAUCUUGGAGUCUUUCAACAUCAACGAUGUAUUGACUGGUUACUCUGGUUACUUUUUGGACUCUACCAUCGAAUUGUUGAAGAAAAAUCCUUUGAUUUCCUACAUUGAACAAGAUUCUGUUGUGCAUGCCAACGAAUUUGAAGUUGAAAAUGGUGCUCCAUGGGGUUUGGCAAGAAUCUCCCACAGAGACCCUUUGAACUUGGGCUCUUUUAAUAAGUACUUGUAUGACGGUGCUGGUGGUGAAGGCGUCAUUUCCUAUAUCAUUGACACUGGUGUUUUGGAUACCCACGAAGAAUUCGAAGGUAGAGCUAAGUUGAUUGCUGACAUUCCAGACGAUGGAGCUCUUGAUGGUAAUGGACAUGGUACCCAUUGUGCUGGUACCAUGGGUUCGAAGACUUACGGUGUUUCAAAGAAGGUUCACAUCAGAGGAGUUAAAGUUUUGGGGGCAAAUGGUAGUGGUACCAUGAGUGACGUGGUUAAGGGUGUCGAAGUUGCGACUAAAGAUUACAUUGAAGAAGUUAAGAAGAAUCCUAAAUUGAAGGGUGCCUCCGCUAACAUGUCCCUUGGUGGUGGUAAAUCUCCAUCCUUAGAUUUGGCUGUUAAUGCUGCUGUCAAGGCUGGUGUUGCAUUUUCUGUUGCCGCCGGUAACGAGAAUCAAGAUGCUUGUAACACUUCCCCAGCUGCUGCUGAGUUAGCCAUCACUGUGGGUGCUUCUACUAUUUCUGACACUAGAGCCUACUUUUCCAACUGGGGUAAGUGUGUUGAUAUUUUUGCUCCAGGUUUGAAUGUUCUUUCCACUUAUAUUGGCUCUAAUACUGCCACUGCUACUUUAUCUGGUACUUCUAUGGCUUCGCCACAUAUUGCUGGUCUUUUGGCUUAUUUUAUUUCCGUGGCACCAGACUCUGCUUCUAGUUUUGGCACUGGCAAGAUCACACCUGCUCAAUUGAAGAAGAAUUUGAUUGCCUAUGGUUCUGAUGAUAUGUUGACCGAUGUUGGUACCGACUCUCCAAACAUUUUGGCAUUUAAUGGUGCUGGCGGUGACUUGACUGAGUUCUGGUCUGCCGGUUCCAAUAUGUUGUAG